CCCUCGUGGAGGCUAAGGUGAGUCCUUGAAGUUCCCAUCAGCUGGGCGUUCGUGUUCCGCCGUUCGGGUUGGCUGAGGCCCUGGUGGUAUCAACAACAUCCGUGGUGGAAGAAUUUAGAGCCAGUUGCUAGGGUAGAGGGAAACUGGGGUGACUGCGAGCCUCUGCCCCACGGUACCGGGAGCCUCUCUGUCUAUACUUGGGGCCUGCGCGUGCUGUCGACGCUGUUGCUGCCUGGCUGUUCCCAGCCUUGGUCGAGGAUGCUCUGGGUGUCUGUGGAACUCCUCUCACUCUCUCUUGAAUGAAGACUCGGUGUAGGACGUCUGUCAGAUUUCCUCCCUUGUGGUAUCAGACUUUAUAACAUGGGUCUCACCAAGCAAUACCUACGCUAUGUUGCCAGUGCAGUCUUUGGCCUCAUUGGCAGCCAAAAAGGUAAUAUUGUCUUUGUGACACUUCGUGGUGAGAAAGGACGGUAUGUUGCAGUACCAGCCUGUGAACAUGUUUUCAUCUGGGACUUACGGAAAGGAGAGAAGAUCCUCAUCCUUCAGGGACUUAAACAAGAAGUCACUUCUUUGUGCCCUUCGCCAGAUGGGCUGCACUUGGCUGUUGGUUAUGAGGAUGGGUCUGUCCGAAUCUUCAGUCUUCUGAGUGGGGAAGGAAACGUGACUUUCAAUGGACACAAAGCAGCUGUCACUGCCUUGAAGUAUGAUCAGCUAGGAGGCAGGCUCGCCUCUGGGUCCAAGGACACAGAUAUUAUUGUGUGGGAUGUGAUCAACGAAAGUGGCCUCUACCGUCUAAAGGGGCACAAGGAUGCCAUCACACAAGUAUUGUUUCUACAAGAAAAGAAUCUGCUAGUUACUAGCGGGAAAGAUACCGUGGUGAAAUGGUGGGACCUUGAUACCCAACACUGCUUCAAAACAAUGGUUGGCCACCGAACUGAGGUAUGGGGGCUGGUUCUGGUGUCAGGAGAAAAGCGACUCAUCACUGGAGCUUCAGACAGUGAACUGAGGGCUUGGGACAUAGCCUAUCUGCAAGAGAUUGAAGACCUAGAAGAACCAGAGUCCAAGAAAAUCAAAAAGUCUUCCUCUGGAAUACAGAAUACACAUGAAGCAGAGGAUGGUACUCUUGAAAUGGAUGAUGCUCCUGAGGAGCGCAUCCUUUCAUGCAGAAAGGCUGGUUCCAUAAUGCGGGAAGGAAGAGACAGAGUUGUGAACCUUGUAGUCGACAGGACAGGCAGGAUUCUUGCUUGUCAUGGAACUGAUUCAGUGUUAGAAGUGUUUUUUAUUCUUUCUGAAGAGGAAAUUCAGAAGAAAAAGGAUAAAAAGAUGAAGAAAGCUAGAAAGAAAGCAAAAUUAAAUUCCUGCAAAGGGGAGGAGGAAGACCUUGAAAUCAAUGUUGAAAUGACAUUGCAAGAUGAAAUCCAACGGGUGACUAACAUCAAAACUUCUGCCAAAAUCAAAUCCUUUGACUUGAUUCAUUCACCUCAAGGAGAGUUAAAGGCUGUCUUCCUCCUACAAAACAACCUGGUGGAAUUGUAUUCACUGAAUGCAUCCACAUCUAUGCCUCAGCCUGUCAGAACAAGCAGAAUUACCAUCGGAGGUCACCGCAGUGAUGUCCGGACUUUGUCAUUCAGCUCUGACAAUAUUGCUAUCCUUUCAGCAGCAGCUGAUUCCAUUAAGAUAUGGAACAGGUCUACCCUGCAGUGUAUUCGCACGAUGACCUGUGACUAUGCACUUUGCUCGUUCUUUGUACCUGGUGAUAGGCAGGUGAUCUUAGGAACAAAGACAGGGAAGCUGCAGCUUUAUGACUUGGCCUCAGGAAAUCUGCUGGAGACAGUAGAUGCACAUGAUGGAGCUCUGUGGUCCAUGUCUCUCUCUCCAGAUCAGCAUGGCUUUGUGACUGGCAGUGCAGAUAAAUCUGUCAAGUUCUGGGAUUUUGAACUGGUGAAAGAUGAAAAUAGUACUCAAAAGAGGCUUUCUGUGAAGCAAACCCGUACCUUGCAACUUGAUGAGGACGUUCUGUGUGUCAGUUACUCUCCCAAUCACAAGCUAUUGGCUGUGUCUUUGCUGGACUGUACUGUGAAAAUUUUCUAUGUCGACACUCUGAAGUUUUUUCUUUCACUGUAUGGACACAAACUACCUGUUCUGUGCAUGGACAUAUCUUAUGAUGGAGCACUAAUAGCAACUGGCUCUGCUGAUAGGAAUGUGAAAAUCUGGGGUUUAGACUUUGGGGACUGCCACAAGUCUCUCUUUGCUCAUGAUGACAGUGUGAUGUAUCUACAGUUUGUACCGAAGUCUCAUCUCUUCUUCACUGCUGGGAAAGACCAUAAGAUUAAGCAGUGGGAUGCAGACAAAUUUGUACACAUACAAACUCUGGAGGGGCACCACCAGGAAAUAUGGUGCUUGGCUGUAAGCCCCAGUGGAGAUUAUGUUGUGUCAUCAUCCCAUGACAAAUCUCUGAGACUUUGGGAGAGAACAAGGGAGCCUCUUAUUCUUGAGGAAGAAAGCGAGAUGCAAAGAGAAGCAGAAUAUGAGGAGAGUGUGGCCAAAGAAGACCAACCAGCAGUUCCAGGGGAGACUCAAGGCGACAGUUACUUUACUGGAAAGAAAACCAUUGAAACAGUCAAAGCAGCAGAAAGAAUCAUGGAGGCUAUUGAGCUAUACCGAGAAGAAACUGCAAAAAUGAAAGAACACAAAGCCAUUUGUAAAGCUGCAGGGAAAGAGGUUCCUCUUCCCAUCAACCCCAUUCUCAUGGCUUAUGGCAAUAUCUCUCCUUCAGCUUAUGUAUUAGAGAUUUUUAAAGGAAUCAAGUCAAGUGAACUGGAAGAAUCUCUUCUUGUGCUUCCCUUCUCUUAUGUCCCAGACAUUCUUAAGCUCUUCAGUGAAUUCAUCCAGCUGGGCUCUGAUGUUGAACUUCUGUGUAGGUGCCUCUUCUUUCUCCUCAGGAUUCACUUUGGGCAGAUCACUAGCAACCAAAUGCUUGUGCCAGUGAUAGAAGAAUUAAAGGAAACAACUAUUUCAAAAGUCAGCCAAGUCCGGGAUGUUAUCGGCUUCAACAUGGCGGGUCUUGAUUAUCUCAAGAGGGAAUGUGAGGCAAAAAGUGAAAUUAUGUUUUUUGCUGAUGCCACAAGCCACUUAGAAGAGAAGAAGAGGAAGAGGAAAAAGAGGGAGAAGCUGAUUUUAACAUUGACUUAGAACUGGAAUGUGGUAUCUUUUUUUCCUUAAAAGGACUUCUAAACUGAGCAGCAGUGGAGUUGACAUCAUCUUAAAAAUAUCAGAUGAAAAAGGACUGUGUUGCAGAAGAUCUCACAGUGGUUCCCAGCUUUGCCUGAGGGAAUUCCAAAAAGGAUUGUGGGUUCCAUUUCUUGGGCUCAAGGGCAUAAUUAGUUUAAAAAUUUUUGUGUGCUCUCAAAGGUUAAGCCUGGAGAAGUUGUUCCCUUAUAUUUCUAGCAGGGAACAAAGAAUUUUUUAAAUUGUGUUUGUUUCACUAGAGUUAAAAUUAACAUUCCAAAAUUUUUUAUAUUUCUUUGAAGGCAGAUAAUUUGUUGUUGAUUUGGUACCUCUUUGCAUUGGGUUUUACUUCCUAUUGAGAUAAUCAAGUGCAUAAUUGAUUGCCCUCAGUCCAUAUAUGCAGAUUCAUGGACUUUUAGAUAUAAAAGGGACCAAAAAUUUAUCUGGAACAUCCUCCUUAAACUUAACCUUUUGCAGGUUGUUUUAUAUCUAUAUAUAAAAAUAUCCUAAUUGCUAACGCUUUUACUUCUUUGAAUGAAAUAGUUGUUUCUAAUUAAAGAGUGAACAGUACAGCUGAGAUGCCUUGCUUGGCUCUUGGGUAAUACAGUGUGUAUAUAAAUAUCUAUGUGCUUGGAAAUUGAUGAGGUGAGAAUGGACUGGGGAAAGAAAUUGACACAUACACCUCUGAGCCUGGGUUUUUCUUUGUGGGAAGUUUUAAAAUUACUAAUUUAAUCUCUUAUCACAGAUUUAUUCAGGUUUUUUAUAUCUUCUUGAGUCAAUUUCAGUGGUUCAUAUCUUUAUAUACAUUUGUCUGUUUUAUCUAAGUUACUGCAGUGUAGGUACUGCCAUUUUCUUCGCAGGCUCAGAGUUGCAGUUCUUGUUGCUAGCUCUCUGUGUCCCAAACCAUGAGUCUGUUCAUGGUCCUAAGCAUAACACAGUCACUGCAGUGAGAUUAGGAAUCUUGGUGGUGUUAUUUCUUGGGCAGAAUAAGAGAAAGACAGACUUUUGGCAUAGAGUUGGUGAAGGCUUAACUAUGAAAAGGCAAGAAAAUACAUAGUAUGAUGCAUUUUAGUUGCUUUCUGAGAAAUCAGCCUUUUCUUUUGGUGUCCCUGCCACUAGGGAGAGGAGUUAGUUAAUUCUCAAAAAGUUUAUCCAAUAUUGAUGAGAACAGAGGCUGAAUCUAAUCCUAUUUGUGCUUCUUGGCGUUGUCUAUCAGAACAUAAAGAAAUUGCGUUUUCCUUUAAUAUUUUUGAUGGUUUCCAGACCAAAACAAGUUCCAUAAGGGCACACUAAAUGUAUAUAUCAUCAUUAAUUGCUCUUACCUUUUAACAGCACUGGUUUCCAGUAGCUUUGCCACCAUUUAAAACUUAUUAGACUGACAGUACUAGGGGAUUUAAAGGUGUUUUCUGUCUGACGAAUACUACAAUAAUCAAAACAAAGGAGCUUUGACAAAAAAGGAACUUUUGACAGGUGAAGUGAUGUGUACGGUAAAAAACUGAGCUACAUCUUUUGGGCAGAAUACUUGAAACUCCUUUAUUUCUGAAGUUUGAGGUCAACAGGUGAGUACAAAAGUGAAUUUUAAGCUCUAAGUCGUCAUUUAUUGGUUUACCCAUUGACUAUGUACAGUCCUUAAUACAGAAACCAUUUAAUGAAUAUCUCGUCAAAUAAAGCAACAACUCAUCUAUAGAAGCCUGUAAUCAAUAAAGAAAAGCCUCAUGAAUGCUUUAUUAGGAAUAUAACAUCUAAGCUUAUUAAAUAUAUAUCCACUUAAAGAAGAUAAGCUUAACAGUUUUGAAAUUCCCUAGCUGGAAGUUAGGUGCUUGGUGUAUUUGGUAUAAAUGAUUUCUCAGUGGCAAGUAUCAUAAAUCCUAUCUCAUCUCAUAGGGAAAUCCAGCAAAUCUCCAACAAAGAAUCUAGGACAGUGCCCAAGAAAACAGUGGUUUCUGUCUCUGGGCACAGGACUGCAUCUAGAACUCCACUCACCUAUCAGCUGUUAAUAAUGAGCUUGCCCAGCAGAGCCUGUCCAGACCUCCUAUAGGAAGGAGAGGAAGAACAUGGGCAGGAGCUUAGGAAGAAGUCACCUGGGUUAAUACACCAUUCACAAUUUGCCCCCUUUCCUCACAAUUUAAGAUCUUGAGUUGAAAUGAUACUUAGGUUCUUGAGAUUAAGACCACCUUGUACUCCCAGUCCUUUCACAUUGUUUGAAGUUCUGAUGUACUUUUAGGACAAAGCACACAGAGAUUAACAGUUACUGGGCUCAAUCCUUGUGUAGGGUGUAAUGCUAUUUACCCUGUGUUAUAAAUUCCCAUUGAGUGUGGGUUGGACCUAGUGACUGGCUUCUAAUGAAAAGAAUACAGCAAAAGUGAUGAGAUAUCACCUCCAGGAUUAGGUUAUAAAAGACUUGACUUCUAUCUUGCUCACACUCUGGCUCUUAUUGUUUGCUUAUUUGCUCUGAUGAAGCAAGCUGCCGUGUUGUAUAAUGCCCCAAAGAGAGGCACGUAUAGCCUGGACUAAGGGUGUUUUCCAUGUAAUAGCCAGCAAGGCUCUAAGGCCCUCAGUUUAUGAAGAACUGAAUCCUCCCAACAGCCACAUGAAUGAGCUUGGAAGCCCCACCCCCAGUUGAGCUAGAGGACCCAACUGAAUCAUGCCUGGAUUACUGUCCCACAGAAAUUGAGAUCAUUAAUGUUUGUUCUUUAAGCCACUAAAUUUUGGGGUUUGUUACACAGCAAAACUGUAAUGCAGCUAAUGUAGAGCAAAUUACCCAACCUGGUGUUUUAGUUUGCUAGGCUGAAAGCAGUAUACCAUGAAAUGGUUCAGCUUGAACAAUGGGAAUUUAUUUGCUUAGGUUUAGAAUCUGGGAAAAUGUCCAAAGUAAGUCAUCAUCAAGGUGACACUUUCUUCCCGAAGACUGGCUGCUGGGAAUCCUUGGUUCUUCUGCCAUGACAAGGCACAUUGCAGCAUCUGCUGGUCUUCUCUUUUCUUCCGGGUUUUGUGGAUUUCAGCUUCUUGCUUCUGUGGUCUUUUUCUCUAUUCAUUUCAUUUAUAAGGGACUCCAGUUAGAGGAUUA